GUCUCUUAGGUGAUGCUGCAGCCAAGAUGGCGCUGGCGGCGGCUGUGGCAGCUUGAGCGAUAUGUUCCGGCUCCUCGGCGGCAGCGGCGCCGCCUGUGGCCUCAGCCGGGGCCUCGGGUCUGUCCUGGACGUGAGCGCUCGGGCGCCUCUCCCCCGGCCGGGUUAACCCGGACAAAAAGGAGACGGCCCCAAAGAGAGGAGUUAGUGAGUAACGGAGAGAGAGCGCGGUGCCUCCCGCUCCGACACCAUGGCUGGGCUCAUCAAAAAACAGAUCCUGAAACACCUCUCCAGAUUUACCAAAAAUUUAUCUCCUGACAAGAUAAAUCUAAGUACCCUUAAAGGAGAAGGUGAACUGAAGAAUUUGGAGUUGGAUGAAGAGGUGCUCCAGAAUAUGUUGGAUUUGCCGACAUGGCUCGCUAUCAACAAAGUUUUUUGUAAUAAAGCAUCUAUUAGGAUUCCAUGGACAAAACUGAAAACACAUCCUAUCUGUUUGUCCCUGGAUAAAGUAAUUAUGGAAAUGAGUACAUGUGAAGAACCGCGAAACCCUAAUGGCCCAUCACCAAUUGCAACUGCUUCAGGACAGAGUGAAUACGGCUUUGCUGAAAAAGUGGUUGAGGGAAUUACUGUUUCUGUAAACUCCAUUGUCAUCCGUAUUGGAGCAAAAGCCUUCAAUGCAUCUUUCGAGGUUUCCCAGCUACGGAUCUAUAGUGUAAAUGCAAACUGGGAACAUGGAGAUUUAAGAUUUACUCGAAUUCAAGAUCCACAGAGAGGAGAGGUUUUGACAUUUAAAGAAAUUAAUUGGCAGAUGAUUCGAAUAGAGGCAGAUGCUACCCAGAGUUCACAUCUUGAAAUUAUGUGCGCUCCUGUUCGAUUAAUAACCAACCAAUCAAAAAUCAGAGUCACACUUAAAAGAAGAUUAAAGGACUGCAAUGUCAUUGCCACAAAGUUAGUUCUAAUAUUGGAUGACUUAUUAUGGGUUUUAACAGAUUCUCAGUUGAAGGCUAUGGUACAAUAUGCAAAAUCUCUUAGUGAAGCAAUAGAAAAAUCAACAGAACAAAGAAAGAGUAUGGCUCCUGAACCUACACAGAGCUCUACAGUAGCCCCAUCGACGCUACAAGUGAAGACACCGCAGACUUCAAAUGCUCCUGAUCUAAAUGACGCAAUUGUGAAACUGUUCAGUGACUUUGAUGUUAAAGAAACCUCCCAUCAUUUAGUGAUUUCUCAUCUAGAUUUACACAUAUGCGAUGAUAUUCAUGCUAAAGAAAAAGAGUCAAACAGACGUAUUACUGGAGGGGCUAUGCAACUGUCGUUUACACAGCUAACUAUAGAUUAUUAUCCUUAUCACAAAGCAGGAGAUAGUUGUAAUCAUUGGAUGUAUUUUAGUGAUGCAACCAAGACAAAAAAUGGAUGGUCCAAUGAGUUGUUACAUGAAUUUGAGUGCAACGUUGAAAUGCUUAAACAGGCUGUAAAGGAUCAUAAUGUAGGUUCACCUCCUAAAUCCCCAACACAUGCCUCUCCCCAGCACACACAAACAGAGAAAGACUCAGCUCUGAAAGGGACUUCCAGGACACCAUCAGUAUUAUCUCAACAAUCCAAAGCUAUGUUAAUGUCUAGUUCUGUUGUGGUUAGACUUGCAGAUUUCAUUGUGUACCAGGUCUCUACAGCAGAACAAUAUCGUUCUUCCCCCAAAAGUAUGAUUUCUUGCAAUAAAAAAUCCCUGUAUCUUCCACAAGAAAUGUCAGCUGUCUAUAUAGAAUUCACCGAAUAUUACUAUCCAGAUGGCAAGGAUUUUCCAAUUCCAUCUCCCAACCUUUAUAGCCAGCUGAAUGCACUACAGUUUACUGUGGAUGAAAGAAGUAUUCUAUGGUUAAAUCAAUUUCUGUUGGAUUUAAAACAAAGUCUUAAUCAAUUUAUGGCUGUAUACAAGUUGAAUGACAAUUCAAAAUCUGAUGAGCAUGUUGAUAUUCGAGUUGAUGGCUUAAUGCUAAAGUUCGUCAUUCCUUCUGGAAUGAAACCUGAGCGCCAUGAAGAUCAGCCGUGUGCAGUCUCUAUUCAGAGCUCUGAAGUGACUGCUACAAAUACUAGGCACUGUCCCAACUGUCGUCAUUCUGACCUGGAAGCUUUGUUCCAAGACUUCAAAGAUUGUGAUUUUUUCAGUAAAACAUUUACCAGCUUCCCCAAAUCUGGUGAGAAUUUUAAUCUUUUGCAUCCAAUCUUCCAGAGACAUGCUCACGAGCAAGAUACCAAAAUGCAUGAAGUUUAUAAAGGAAAUAUUACUCCCAAGUUGAAUAAAUACACUCUUAAAACUUCGGCUGCCACGGAUGUUUGGGCUGUGUACUGUUCUCAAUUUUGGAUAGAUUAUGAAGGGAUGAAAAGUGGAAAAGGAAGACCAAUAAGUUUUGUAGACUCUUUCCCUCUUUCCAUCUGGAUUUGUCAACCAACGAAGUAUGCACUGUCACAAAAAGAGCGACAGACUUGUAAUCAAGUAUCUUUAAAUACAUCACAGAGUGAAUCUAGUGACCUGACUGGCCGACUGAAGCGGAAAAAGCUCCUGAAGGACUAUUACAGUACAGAGUCUGAGCCUUUGACAAAUAGUAGUCAGAAACCUUCAGACACAUUUUUAAGGUUUUCCUCUUCAUCAUCCGAUGCAGAUAUUCACGUCUUGGUUCACCUUCAUAAACAUGUCAGUAUGCAGAUCAAUCACUACCAGUAUCUGCUCCUGCUUUUCCUCCAAGAGUCACUUAUUCUGCUUUCCGAGAACUUAAGGAAAGAUGUAGAAGCUGUGACUGGCAGUCCUGCUAGUCAAGCCUCCAUUUGCAUUGGAGUUUUACUUAAAAGUGCAGAAGUGGCUCUUUUGCUACAUCCGGUGGAUCACGCAAAUACUCUUAAGUCUCCUGUUUCUGAAAGUGUGACACCAAUGGUUCCUGAUUAUUUGCCUUCAGAAAACGGAGAAUUCUUGUCUUCAAAAAGAAAACAAGUUAGUAGAGGUACAAAUCAAAUUAGAAGUGUAACUGUUAAUCAUAUGUCAGACAACAGAUCUAUGAGUGUUGACCUUAGCCAUGUCCCUCUGAAGGAUCCUUUGUUGUUUAAAUCAGCCAGUGAUACAAAUCUGCAAAAAGGCAUUUCUUUUCUGGAUUAUUUAUCAGAUAAAAAUUUAGGGAAAAUAAGUGAAGAUGAAAGUAGUGGAAUUAUUUGCAAAAGUGGUUCUCAAGAAAUUGGAUCAGAAACAAGUGACAAAAAGGAUUUAUCUUAUACAAAUUCAAAUAGUGUCUUAAAUUCCAGAGAAGAUUCAAGUGUGCUGUCAUUUGAUAACGAUGGUACUCAAAACAUGCUUUCAAAUAGUUUAACUAAUAAAGGAAAUGAAACCAUAGAGUCGAUCUUUAAAGCUGAAGAUUUGCUUCCCGAAACAGCUUCACUCUCUGAGAACGUGGACAUCAGUAAAGAGGAAGCACCCACAGUUAGAACACUUAAGUCCCAGUCGUCUUUAAGUGGAAAGCCUAAGGAACGGUGCCCACCCAACUUGGUUCCACUCUGUGCUUCUUACAAGAGCAUGAAAAGAAGCUCUUCACAGACCUCACUGGACACCAUUUCACUUGACAGCAUGACAUUGGAAGAACAGUUGUUAGAAAGUGAUGGAAGUGAUAGUCGUAUAUUUUGGGAAAAAGGUAUUAAAAAGAAUUCAACUACAAAUUUUCAGAGCCCAACAGGUAGUGCGAAUGCCAGUGCAAACCUACAGAAUUAUGGUGAAACCUCUCCAGAUGCCAUGAGUACAAAUUCAGAGGGUGCUCAAGAAAAUCAUAACGACCUGAUGUCAGUUGUGGUGUUUAAGAUUACUGGUGUUAAUGGGGAAAUUGACAUCCGAGGGGAAGAUACAGAAAUCUGUCUUCAAGUGGAUCAAGUGACACCAGAUGAGUUAGGCAAUAUCAACCUUCGGCAUUACCUUUCUAAUCGUCCAGUAGGUUCUGAUCAUAAAGCUGUCAGUGACUCCAAAUCUUGUCCUGAGAUUACUCUAAGGUUUGAAAGUGGGCCUGGUGCUGUAAUACACUCUUUGCUUGCAGAAAAAAAUGGAUUUUUGCAAUGCCAUAUAGAAAACUUUAGCACUGAGUUUCUUACAUCUUCUCUUACGAAUAUUCAACAUUUUUUGGAAGAUGAAACUGUUGCAUCAGUGAUGCCAAUGAAGAUACAAGUUUCUAACACAAAGAUAAACUUAAAAGAUGACAGUCCUCGUAGUAGUACAGUAUCCCAUGAGCCAGCUACUGUAACCGUUCAUAUUGAUCAUCUUGUGGUGGAAAGAAGUGAUGAUGGCUCUUUUCAUAUCAGAGAUUCUCAGAUGUUUAACACUGGAAAUGAUUUGAAAGAAAAUGUCAAAAGUGAGUCAACACUGCUUACCAGUGGAAAGUAUGAUCUGAAGAAACAACAUAGGGUCACUCAAGCCACUCAGACAAGUCCGGAGGUUCCUGGGUCUUCUCAGUUGGUUAACUUUCCUGAGUGCUCCUUUGACUUUACUAGGGAACAGCUCAUGGAAGAGAAUGAAUCUCUUAAAAAGGAAUUGGCUAAAGCUAAAAUGGCUCUUGCAGAGGCUCACUUGGAAAAAGAUGCUCUUCUUCAUCAGAUAAAGAAGAUGACAGUUGAAUAGCAGGAGUGUCAGUCAAAAACUCAAAUUAUAGCUCUGGAGUAGGGAUGGUAUAAUGUGAUGUUACCAAUUAGUUCAAGACUUUCCUUUUCAUGAAAAGACAAUAAAAUGACAGUGGUAACUAUUCUAAAACCAGUUUAGAAAGUAUUAGGUACAGGCAUCACGAUCUUUUGGUUGUUUUGUGUUUCAGAUUUAACCCUCUUUUAAAUUGGUGUGAUAUAGGGAACUCAACACAUACUGUAAAAUAAUUACAUGUAAUAAAAAGAUAUCAUUUCCGAAUUUUGAUAUCACACCAUAGGUAUUUUUUAAAAAGAAAAAUGAAAACCUAUUGUGUUCCACAGAUUGCUGAAUUUAUUUAUCACUAUCUGUUAAUAAUUACUAUUUACAAAGAUUCAAAUGCUGUUAGGGCUAAUGUAAAAUAAAAGGAGGAUUACAUUUUAAAUGUUAUUAAAAUAAUGUACUUAACUCUAUAAUUAUUUAAUUACUGUAAAAAAGUCCAAUCAUAUUAAUAAAUUAUAUAAUUACUUGGUUUGAAAAUUCUGGAAAAUCAUCACCCUACUGAACUUAGAAAGUAACUUCAAAAGAUGAAAAAGAAAUCAUUUUAAAUGAUGGGUAGACUGUAUCAAUAAAUCUAUAAUUUUCAACAAAAUACAUGGUACAAGUGUAAAAAUAAAAAGCACAAACCAAAAAAGCAAAACAUUAGAGUAUAUGGCCAACUCUUUUAAAAAGUAUUACUUGUACAUUCCUUGAAACACAUUUAUUGUUUAAAGUAAAAGAGGCAUUUAACUAUCCUGCUAAACUUGGCAGCGCUUUAUAACUAUAAGAAUUUCAAUUAAUACUAUUUAUACUAUUUCUUUACCUUUAUCUUUUCUCUAUUUAAAGAGGGGAAUGUUUUAAGAGAAUUUUCUUUACACAUACAAAAAAGCAAAAUUUCGUACCAUUCUUGUAGUAUCAUAUUAGGUAGAUGUUUGCACAUACCGAAUAUAUAUAUAUAGCUAGUUUUGAUUAAAGUUCUAUGUGACUUAUAUACUAUCUUCUAUAAUAAUAAUUGGUAUAUUUUGAAUUCUAUUUUCUAGGGAUUGUUAAGGUUGAAGCCAACAUGAAAGAAUAUCUCAGUCAUGCAUUGUGAAAUGAAAGUUUGUGAGUGUUUAAGGAACAGAGACUUUUAAAGAUUUAAAAUAUAUUUCUGAUAGAAUUAAACUUAGUUGAGUCUAUUUUAAAAUUCACAUUCUUAACCAUAAAUAUAUCCAAGGUAGAACAUGAAACCGCUGGGGUACUUUUUUUUUAAGAUACUUGAAAAUUUUAAACCACGUUAUGACACUUUAUGGUGCUUUGCUUGUUGGCAUGUUAUAUAGCCAUCCCUAUAUCUGAGUAGUUGGAGGAAAAUACGUGUUUCAUUUACUUAAGUGUUGCAGUGACUUAGAUUUUAUUGAAAACUGUACUGGCCUUUUUUUUCCCUUCUAUAACAUCCAUUUUCAUUGACAUUGUUUAAAAAUAACAGGUCCUGUUUUGGAAGGUGAGGAUACAGUAAAGAACAUACUAAAUUGUUAAUAUUUUAUCUUAGCGUAUUUUAAAAACGAUCUUAAACCAUGUUAAUCUAAAACUAUGUAAUAGUCUUAGGUUAAAAACAAAGGUCUAAUUAAAGAUUUUAAAUGGAUAGCUAAUAUCCUUGAUAGAGUCCUUUUGAUUUGUGGGCAUAUAUUCAACGAAAGGAGUCUCGUAUGGAAAAGCAGGUUUGAUAGGACAUUACCUUCUUCAGAGCUGACCGUGUUUCUCGGGAUUGACCUAUUCGCUCUACAUACAUUUUAAAUUAAUGGUACAUUAUAAUUGUGUAGUGUUAAGGAAGCUGAAUGUUUUUCUUGCUCCUUUUCGAUUUAUUUGGCCUCCCAAGAAAACCAUAUAAAUAGUAGAGAUGAUAAUUAAUACGGAUCUGAGCAUUCUGUAUGGUUUGUUGGAUUUCUAAAAAUUAGUAGUAUUUUUAUAGUGAUUUAAAAUUCUUAAAACACUUCCAAAAACACUAUCUCAUGUAAUUCCCUCAACAAACCUGGGAGGGUAGUUAUUAUUCACAUUUUAGAAGUUAAAUAAAAACCCUAAGGCCUAGAAGAAGUGACUUGACUGAAUUCACAAUCAACAACCUGCACUUUUGACUAAAUCCCAGUUAUAUGCUCUUAUUUUACUUUAGUCAUUAAUUCACAUAUUUUGAGGGGUGGGGAGAAGAAUCACUGUCUUUCAUGUGUUUUUCUUUUAGAGAUAAAUACAGUAUGUUUAAUAGUGUUUGUGUACGAUAUAUGUGUAUUAUUUAAACUACUUAAAUGAUAGUGGGAGGAUUUUUCAUUGAUUAAGCUAAUACCAGCCUUUUUAGUGGUGUGAGAAAUACAGAAAUAAACCUGUAAUAAACCUACUAGAGUUUUAAAAUCACCACAAAUUAGAAAUACAAUUGCUGUAUCUUGAUUUUUUUUUUUCUUUUCUAAAUCUCUAGCAAAGAUAUUAAUGAUCAGGGGAAGGAAAUGGUAAUUAUAUGUUGUGCAUUUUAAUUUCAUGUAUGUCAAAAACGUUUUCUUGGUAUCUUGUAUUUUUUUCUUUUCUCAUUUUAUCCUAGAAUUUCAAAAGACCACCAUGUGGCACUAGCUAUGAUGAAGCAUUAUUUUUAUUUAAGCCGUGUAAGAAUGGCUAUGUAUGAUUGCAGGCAAAUGUAUGUGGAAAAAUUAAGCAGAAAUUCCCUCCUGGAUUUUUAUUGUACUUAUUCAAUACUUGUCAAUACAGGGGUUAUAACUUCCUCUUUAACAAGUUUUUAUCCACUUCCAGUCUAUUCAUGACAUCUUUCUAUUUCAGUGAAUGGCGUCACCAUCACUCUGGUUCCCAAACCAGUAAACUAGAAUUCAUCUUAGACCCCUUGCUCUCCCUAACUCUCGCCCCCACUCACCCCCCCAUCAAUUCAUUACCAAGUCCUGUCAUUUUACCUUAUAAAACAUCUCUCAAAUUUGUCUACUCUCCACUUCUCACCACCUUUCUAAUCUAAGCCACCAUCAGCACCUUUGGCCUGCAUUACUGGAACUGCCUCCUAACUGGUCUUCCUGCAGCUACUGUGGAGUCCUCGGAUUCAUUCUCUGUACAUAGGCAGAGUUCUCAUGUUUUUGAAGUGCAGUAUUAAUCAAGGCAAGCCACCUACCCCAUUCUCACCCUACCUUAAAAUACUUCAGUGACUUUUCAUGCUCUUAUAAUGAAAACAAAAAUAUUAGGGCCACCAUUUACUUUAUAGGGUAACUCUGAGCAUUAAAAGAAUUAAUGUCUCAAAACAUUAAAACAGUGGCUGGCACAUCACCUUAAAAAGCACUGAAUAGAAGGUAGUUAUUAUUAUUACUGCGUAGCCCCUUGUGUACCAUGUUUCAGUUACUUUGUGUUCUACUUUCACUGCACUUUAAGUAUCUAGAAUAAAUGAGAAUAAAAGUGCUUCUUCCAC